CCACCGCCAUCACCGACACCAAACACACCGAUCUGUGUCCGGAGAUUUCGGCGGAGCGGGCGAAGAAAGCGGAGGACAAGAUGCCGAUCGGGGCGCCGGAGAAGGCUAGGCCGCAGUUCGUUCUUUUUGGGGAUUCCAUCACAGAGCAAUCCUUCAAGCUUGGCGGGUGGGGGGCUUCGCUUGCGAACACCUACUCGCGAAAGGCUGAUGUAAUUGUAAGAGGUUAUGGUGGCUACAACACAAGAUGGGCUCUAUUUUUGCUUAAUCACCUCUUUCCCCCGAACUCCUUGACACCUCCUGCUGUGGUAACUAUUUUCUUUGGUGCAAAUGAUGCAGCAUUGUUGGGACAGACAAGUGAACGACAAUAUGUUCCUCUUGAAGAAUACAAGGAGAACCUAAGAAAAAUUGUCAAACAUUUGAAGGAUUGUUCAUCCACUACACUGGUAGUACUGAUCACUCCACCCCCAAUUGAUGAGGAUGGGCGGAAGGAAUAUUCAAGAUCCGUAUAUGGUGAGAAUGCAAUGAAACAACCAGAAAGGACGAACGACAAUACCGGCACUUAUGCUAGGCAGUGUGUGGAGCUAGCUAAAGAGUUGAAUGUUCCCUGCAUUGAUCUGUGGUCGAAGAUGCAAGAAACAAUAGGAUGGCAGGAAAGGUUUCUAAGUGACGGCUUGCACCUAACAAAAGAGGGCAAUGCAGUGGUCCACCAAGAAGUGGUACGAGUACUCAUUGAUAACCAUCUCCAAGCUGAAAGAAUGAAACACGAUUUUCCUCACCACUCGAUGAUCGAUGGUAAUCACCCUGAAAAAGCAUUUGCAGCAGAGAGCUAGGAUCUUUAUUUACCUCCCAUGACAGAGUCAUGCAAAUUCUUCAAACUUUUCAUUUCAUUUUAUUGUGCUAAUUGGUCGUCAUUCCAACAUUCUGUUGAGCUUGCGCUAUACGUUGUCAUGGCAGAACAAGUCUCAAAUAAAUUCAACUAUUUGCGAGCUA